GCUAGCAAGGCUGGGGCCAUUGAUCUUGAGUUCUUCAGAACUUUGGUUACAUUGUCUGCUUGCCCCAUCAGCAAGACCUUUGGCCGACCGAUGGCUGAAAUGGGCGUUGUGGGGAGCCUUGGGGGGCUUCUGGAGAUGGACCCGGACAUUAGGCAAAAUGCUCGCCAGAACAAGCAGUUGACUGAGUGGCCUACACGGGAAACCAUUGGCAUACCCUCAUGCCGCGCCAUUGGUUGCAACUUGCGGCUUUUGACUCUAGCUUGUGAUUGGUGGGCCAAGCACCAAGAAACACCCAAGACAGUACCAGUGGAUAUUCUCAGGGAAGAGGAUCUGGAGCUGCUACCGCUGUGGAACGUCUUUGACUUCCAUUGGAAUGGGAUGAACCAAAUGGUGGUAUUCGAGGGUGGCAGUGAUGUAGAACCCAGUGUAGAACCAAGUGGGGCAAACCACGGACCAGCGCCCAGCUUCAGUGGAACCAGUUCCAGCUCAUUUCCCAGCCAAGACGAGCAGCGUGCCAUCGAGAUCCGCCGUGAGCUGAUCAGGAGAGAAGUUGCUCGACGCCGUGCUGAACAAACUUCAGUGUCAGGGAGUGCACCUCUCAAAGCCGCUUGUUCAGGAGCUGCCACGGCCACCGACACUAUGGAGACUUUGCCCUUUGACACAGAGGCUGCCAUGCAAUGCAUCCCUAGUGAGCCAUCCCCCCUGUCAACAGAGACACCAAAGCGAUUUGCAGAUCUUGUUCUGCGUGAUGACACGCUCAUCUUGGGUGGGUCAGCCAAGGCAUCUGAAGCCAAAGAAAAAAAUGAAGUUCAGCCAGCUUCUGGGUGGCUACCUGUGAAGCGGAAUUUGGAGGCAGAACUGAAGAAGGUGGAAGGCGUAGAGAACCAGAAGAAGGAAGGCCAGCAGAAGGGAUCCGAGGCAGAGAAGGUCACAGGUGAGAAGAACGAGGGGCUAGAGACGCAGAAGGGAUCCGAGGCAGAGAAGGUCACAGGUAAGAAGAAGGAGGUAGAGACGCAGAAGGGGUCUGAGACGGAGAAGGUCACUGAUGAAAAAGAAAAGGACAAGGAAGAGGAGAGAUAUGAGAAAACAACUCCCGAGGCAAAGGGUGUCAAAGGCAAGAAGGAGAAAGAGGAACAGGAGAAGGUGUCCCAGGUGAAGGCCAGAGACGUGAAGAGAAAGGAGGCAGAGGCCGGAGAGGUCGAAGAUGCGAAGGACAAGAAAGAAAACAUGCACAAGGUAUCCGAAGUAAAGGAGGUUCAAGGUAAUAAGGAGGAGAAGGAAGAGAAACAGGAGAGAUCGGACGCAGAGAAGGUCAAAGAUGAGGAGGAACAGGCUGUAGAAAAGGAGCCAAUGAAGGAGGCAGACGACAAGAAUCAGAAGACUCCUGAGGUCGAAGGCACGAGGGAAAAGGAGGAAGGCGAGAAGAAGGUACCCGAGGUGAAGGCCGGAGAGGUGAAGGAAGAGGAUCAUAUGUUAGAGGUGGAGAAGAAAGAUGAUCUGAAGGUUCCGGACUUAUUGAAUGGGACGCCUCAGCUAGUGCGGCGCCGAGAGCAGUUUGGCACUUUGGAGGACAGGGAGCCUGAAGAGACCGACAAGCAGCCAAAGCGACGAUCAAGAAAAGACAAGAAAGAAAAGAAGGUGAAGGAUACCAAGGAGGAGGAAGAUUUGGGAGACGAAGGCGCCAAGAAUACAGACCAAGAGAAGGAGACACAGAAGCCAAAGAGACGGGCCAGGAAAGCACAGAAGGUGGAAGCUGAAGAGGCCAGUAAGGCAGGUUAUGAAAGCAAAGAGGACCAGAAGCCAAAGAGAGGAGUGAAGACAGAGCAGACAAAGGAUGAGAACAAGGAGCCUGAGAAACCGAGAAAGCGCAAAGGCAAAGCUGCCACAAAGGCCGGCACUGAAGACAAAGAGAACCAGAAGCCAGAGACAGGAGCAGAGCCAGGGAAGAAACCGCAUGAUGAAGUGAAGGAGGAGCGUGAGAAAAAGAAGCCAAGAGGCAAAGCUGCCACAAAGUCUGAUAGAGAGACAGAGAACCAGGGAUCCAAGAGAGCCAUGAAAGCGAAGGUUGAAGAGAAGGGCGAACCUCAGAAGAAGAAGGCCAGAGGCAAAGCUGCCAAGACAAAGGACACAAAGGGAGAAGAGGCGCAGAACGAAGGAAAGGAUGAUGCCAAGCCGGUCUCUUUCGGAAGACGUCCCUGCCCGGUCACACAGCCAUCCAAGGACCGCUGGGAAGCCAUCCGAGAUGCUUUCAAUGAAAUUGUCAAGCCACAGGUCACCCAGCACUCGAAGUUGCAGGUCAAGUUCUGGGAGGCAUGCGUGGACUCCGAAGAGUUGAACCAGUGCGGCGACUACCCUGCUUUCUUUCAAGUGGCAAAGAGCUUGGAUGGACAGCAUCAGCCGCUGUGGGGGUACACAGUUGCAUUGCCCAUCGUGGGCCUGAGGUUCGCUUUCAUGCUCUAUGCCAAGGCCUGCUACGGAACAUUUGAUUGUCAGCGGAACAGCUUGAGUUCUACUCAGGCAAAGCCAGGAUCUCGAGAUUCUGUAGCCGACAAGGUUUUUCGCCAAUUCUUUUGGAUGAGGCAUCACAAAGGUCCCUCACCAAAGCGCACGGUGUUGCUGAGCAGUAUCAAGCAGGCGAACUUGGCGCCUGAUGUGAUCUCUGCCUUCAAGAACUUUGAGUCGGAGUCCUGGCCCGCCUUGAACCAGAGAGUGGGAGUGCCAGCUCAUGGCACUUUGCCCCCACCACCAUCCAUGCCGCCUGUGAGCCAUCUGGAUUGUCCUGGCAAUACACACCCAAAGUCUCCUGUUACUGUGCCGGACACGCCUUCCUACCACCCAGACAACCAGCUGGGACUGCAAGAUACUCAGGUAGCCACCCCGACCCCAGUAGCUACACCAGCAGCUACACCAAGAAGGGCUGUUCCAGUGACUCCGCAGUCCUUGGCUUACCACGACGACUUGAAUUUGCCACGGCCAUCGCCAGGUUCUUUGCACCUGUCGAAAGAAGCCAUCGAUCAGCGACUUCGACGUGCUGUCACGCCCCGGGCAAAUGGCGCGUUCAAGAUUUCAGCUGAUGUGAUUAAGAUGUACAAAGAUGGUGGGAAGUCCAGGGAUGAUGUGUUCCGGAUGUUCCAAGCUUGUGGCUUUGAUGUGGAGACCUUCAAAGUUGAGGUCGACAUACUGAAACAGGAGUACACCGACUCCAACCUCAAGGUGGAAGCUGAGUACGUGAGCGAGGCGACUAUGACAGAUGAAUGGGGCUGGAGUCAGAAGAGGGUUGCUGCAGUUAUCGCUUACUGCAAGACCAACCCAGCGGUAUUGAUGAGGCAAGAUCGCUACGAGGAUAUUGUCCUUUACUGGGCAGAACGCCACAUCAAGGCAAGCUUGAAGAAGGGCAGCAGAACUGAGAUCAACCGCCGCCUGCGUUGGACAGAGACGGCCGGCGUGGAGGACUUUGACUUGGGAACGGAUUCUCGCAAUGGACUCACUGAUCACCCCGAGUCCCUCGAAGGUGCGCCGGUUGACCUCACAAAGGUUCCGGACCCAACAGACCCGACAAAGAUGAUCCAUAAGACUUUGGGAGUUCCGGAGUUGUUGAAGGAUGCAGUCCCCAGCUCCAUUGCACACAAGAUGAUGAGUUGCCUGGAAAAGCGUGCUGGGAAAAUGGCGGAUCUGCACAAGAAGUACCAGGAGUCAGGUUUGGCCUUCACUGACAUCCAAAAGCGGUUGAUCAAGAAGUUGGACAAUGAGCGUCUUGAGAAGGAAGCCGAACUUCAAGCUGUGUACGACAUUUCUGUGAAAAAGUGGGGCCCUCAAAAAAACAUUGUUAGUCUGCUUGAUCUCUUUGGCCUCUGCUCACCCAGGGCCAUUGCUGGAGUCGAAUUGGAAGGACGAAUGAGGCAAGCAAUGCCGAAGUUGCCUGCAGCCAAGCGACCGCGUGAGAGGGGUGAAGCACCCGGUAGCCCCCGAGCAAAGGCUAAGGCGAAGGCCACAGCAGCUUGUGCAAAGCGCGCUCCCAAGGUUUUUUCAUCGAUGCAGCCCGACUUCAAGAAGAAGCUGCUGCUGAAUCUAUUGCAGAUGGGGUCUGCGGCACAGGCCCAGACCAGAAAACGGAAACACAGUUGCGACUGCUGCCCACAAGAACCAUCACUGAAGAAGUUUUGUGGGGAGGACCAUGGGGCAGUCCCAGUGAGCAAUGCAUGCUUCGCCUUGCACAACUACAAGGAACAUUCUUUUUUGACACGAUUCGUUAUGUUUUGCUUGCCUUGUGCGACCUACAAGGCUUUCCCAACACUGGUCCCGUUUCUGUUGGAUUUGAUAGCAAAGGACUUGAGACGCCUCUUUUUUGAAGGCAUUGAAAUCGAACAGCACCGUAUUGUUACACCUGUUUGCUUGGGUUUGAAAGCCGACAUCAAGUUCCACCAUUACGUGGCAAAUUUCUCCAGAUGGUAUACCAGAAUGGGAAGAACAACUGAUGCUGAAUAUUGCCACGAAUGCCUGGCAGGCCGCGCCGGCAUGCCUGCUGAGGAUAUCUCGGAGAGACCCUCGUGGGAGAGGACCAUCUUCACCAUCCGACCUUGGAGAGCAGAACCGGUGCUGUCCCAGAUUCCAUUCGAUGGAAAUCGACCAGAACAAAUGUAUCGGAGGAACUUUCUCAAAAUCGCUGAUGUCAUGGCCAAACCUGAGUACAAGCCCUUGGUUCAACACCAAAGGUCUGCCCUGAAGGCAGCAAAGGAUUCCUAUGAUGUCAUGGUCUCCCACCCGUGGUCUUUGGAAAACGAUAUCACUGCCUUUGCCAUGGUUUACAAAAUUCAUGCGUGGAAACAUGAAGCCUUGGAUUUGUUCAAG